GUUCAUGCUUACAUUCAGCCAACCUCUAUAGUCCAUUAAUUUUCAUCAAUUCAAAAAAAGUUGGACUGUGCAUGUCUCAGAAAAAUGGCGAUUGAUAAAUUUUUGUUCAUUAUUUGAAAGCACAGUCCUAGGAUAUACAAUAAAAUCGUUUAUUAUCGGUUGUAAAGCUGUGAAUAAAACCAGGGAAUGGCUGACGCUGUGGUGGAGCGGAGACCUCCCGCUCGCUUCUUUUGCCACAGGUGUAACAUAGAAUUUGAGGAUGUUUUGCAGGAUUACAGAUGUCCAUAUUGUGCAAGUGGAUUCAUUGAACAGCUUGAAAGUGAGACGGAGGGCUCAGCACUUUCCGGAGAUGACUUCAGUGAUGCAGACAUGAGCAAUUUAGAUGACUCAGAUGAUACACAUCAAAGUGCCAGCCACCCGAUGCUGAGUGACUUGGCGUUUCUUAUGUCAGGAGGGCGACACCGAGGCGGCGGGCGACCAGAGACGUUACUAGAACAGUUGGUGUACUCCAUCAGCGGCAGCGGCCCGCUAGGCGGCGCCGCCGUGACGGCCGGGGCGCCGUUCGUGCUCGUCGGCGCACCCGGCGACUAUGUCUUCGGCGGCGAGGGUUUGGACGCAGUGGUUACACAAUUACUAGGACAACUCGAGAACGCGGGGCCUCCGCCUUUACCUCGGGAUCAAAUAGCCGCCAUACCCAGUGAGGCUGUGACUGAAGAACAGGCGGCAGCAAACACAUCCUGCUCAGUGUGUUGGGAGAACUUCCAAUUGGGCGAGAUGGUGUCAAAAUUGCAGUGCGAGCACAUAUUCCACUCGACGUGUAUAGAGCCGUGGCUGCAGCUGCACGCCACGUGCCCGAUCUGCCGGCGCUCGCUGCUCCCCGACGAGCCGGCGCCCGAGCACGCCGAGCGCGAGCCCGGCCAGCGCGAGCCGCCCGCGCCGCCGCCCCGGCCGAGCUCCACAAUGGGCGGCAUGCCGACGGUGCGGCUGCGGCGCCUGGCGCGGCGGCGCGCGCCCGGCGCGGCGUGGGAGGCGGGCGCGGGGGGCGCGGGCGCGGGGGCGCGGACUCGUCCUCGUCCUCGGACGCGUCCGUCACGGCGGGCGGGCUGUGGGCCGGCGCGGCGCGCGACGACUCCACGUCCACGUCCUCGCUCAACUCCGCCGCGUCCGUGGCCUCGCCCGCCUCCGCCUCCGCCUCCGCCUCCGCCGCCUCCAACACGGACACGUCGCGCGACAACAUGUACAACAUGGACAUUGACUUCGACUAGUGCCGCCCCCGCGGUUCCCGCAUCGGAACCGCCCCCGUGUGCGCGCGGACUGUGUGAUGCGAGCGCGAGCCCGGCCGUGUGCGCGAGUGUGAUGCUAGCGGGCCCAUUAAAUGUUUGCUUUAUUCUGAGAUCGAGAGAGUUCCGCCGUCGAGCCGGGGGCGAGAGUGACCGAGAGAGAGUCGUCGGGCCGCGCGACGAACGAACUAUGACUUCUUAUUCGUGCCGCGCGAAACCGGGCGGCGUCCGAUAGAAAAACGAUGAUUCGCGUGGCGCGAUUAAAGAGUAUAGAACUGAACGGAUCCCUUUAAACGACGGCGGUGACGUGCCGGCUUGCCCCGUCACGAGACUUGAAUCCGAUUUGCUUCGAUUGAAAUAUUAAUAAAAUCUAGAAACAUACAAAAUUAACUGCACUAAAAUCUCAAUACCGGACCCUAACAAAAACUACCAAAAGAGUGAAAAACUUGGUACAAAAAACUUCAUGAUAUGACGACGUUGAUAAACGACCAUCCGAAAAUCUACAUCUCACAAACCACUAUAUUACUUUUUUUUAUAAAAAAACUAACUAUUACUUAUGAAAGUAAUAUUAUGUAACAUAACAUUAUUUGCCAUAUAAUUUUACUCGGUCAAAGCAAUAUACCAUUUAUAUAAUGCUAAAAAACAAAAAAAAUAGUUAUUUAUUCAGCCACUCUCCUCGGGAACUCUCUGCUCUUUAUUUUUUCACGCUUUCCUCCCUUGUUCAAGAUUAAAAAUCAUGUUAAAUGUUCAAGGAGGUAAAGUUUAAAAAGAAUAGUAAAGUACAAAUGUCGCGCAGACCCACGGCCGGCCGCCCGCCGCUGGUACUAGAGUUAAAUAGAAGAUCCAUAGUUAAAAAUAAAGUUAUUUAAAUGAACGAAUACUGGACUAUGAGUAUCUAUGAUUGUCUGAAUUAAUACCGUGUGAUCGGAAACAUAUAAAGAGGUAAUGUUAACGAAUAGCUAUUAUUUAAAUACAUACCUAGAGGACUUUGAAAAAGUCCCGUAUCUUAUAUAACAAGCUGCAGAACUGCAAAAUUGUCUCUGUGUAUAGACUUUCAGCUAUAAAUUGUUUAAUGCGUUAUUUUCGUGUAAAUUUUGUAAAUAAAUGUAAUUGUAAGCCUUUGUUGCGUAUAAUAAAUUUAUGGGUAAACUUGCAUUGCCUUGUGCGCCAGACACUUAGAGA